AUGGAGGGAGAGACUGCGAGGAAGAGGAAGAUGCCCCAGGACACCCAGGCAGAGAAGAAGCUGAGGACUGGAACCAAGAAGGACAAAUUCCCCCAACAGAACCUUGUGGAAGAGGCCGUUUUGAGCAGUGCUACGGUGCAGAAUUCGAACCGGGAGGAAAUGCCUCAGAGAUCCCACAGGAAGAGGGGCUCCAAAUCCAGUCCAGGGUGCUCUCAGAAGGAAAGACCCACCCUGAGCCAUGAAGGUGGACGGAGCUUCAGCCAAAGCUCAGAGCUGGUGGUCCAUGAGCAGCUUCAUGAUCAGAAGAAGCCCUACAAGUGCUCAGAGUGUGAGAAGAGCUUCAGGCACAGCAGCACCCUGAUGAGCCACCAGAUGACCCACACUGGGGAAUGGCCCUACGAGUGUGGCGAGUGUGGGAAGGGCUUCAGCUGCAGCUCCGCCCUCAUCACCCACCAACGCAUCCACACUGGGGAGAAGCCCUAUGAGUGCGCUCAGUGUCAGAAGAGGUUUCGGACCAGCUCCACUCUCCUCCAGCAUGAGCAGACUCACACCGAUGAGAGGCCCUUCCGCUGCCCUGAGUGUGGGAAGGGCUUCAAGCGUAACUACACCCUCGUCAGCCACUGGCGCAUCCACACUGGGGAGAGGCCCUACGAGUGUCCCCAGUGUCAGAAGAGGUUUCACACCAGUUCUGAUCUUCUCCUGCAUGAACGGAUUCACAUGGAUGAGAGACCCUUCCUCUGCCCUAGCUGCAGGAAGGGCUUCAAGAGCAACUCCCACCUCAUCAGGCACAAGUGGACUCACACUGGGGAGAGGCCCUAUGAGUGUGGGGAAUGUGGGAUGAGCUUUAGCCACAACUCCACCCUGAUCACCCACCGGCGCAUCCACACUGGGGAGAGGCCCUAUAAGUGUCCCCAGUACAGAGUGGAACAGCACCUCGAAGUGACCACGUCCCUCGAGGAGAUAGACUCAGCGUAG